AUGGUGAACCCACGAAUUGUCGUCGUUGGCGCCGGUGCUGCCGGUAUUGCCGCGGCCAGCAAACUCUACCAGAGUGGUAUCACGAAUGUAACGCUUCUCGAAGCAUCCCAACGUUACGGUGGACGCGUCCAUACCACUCCAUUUGGACCUGAUGAAGGCGUGGUAGAGCUCGGUGCUCAGUGGUGUCACGGUGAGAAGGGAAACGUGGUAUACGAGCUGGCAUCCGCCUUUCCUGGCCUCCUCAAAUCAUCGAUCAUAGCGGAAGGCAACAUUUUAAUCCGAUCGAAUGGCGAUCGGGUGGAGCAGACCGUGUUUGAUCGUUUGAUGGCUUUUUGUGAGCAGUUGAUCGAGUGUGAGGAACGCUACAAGUUUAACGGAAGCUUGGGUGACUUCUUCACGGCCAAAUACUGGGAAACACUGACAACGGAUAACACCUUCCGUGAUAUUGAUCGUGACCUGGCGGAGCAGUUCUUGGUGUACUAUCAUAACUACAACCGUGGUUACAAUGCAUACGAUACGUGGUUCGAGGUGGCCGCACAGGAAACCGAGAGUUAUGAGCCAGCCGAAGGAAACCAGGCUCUGGCAUGGGCCAAUCGACGAGGAUACUCCGCUAUUCUAGAUAUCCUUUCGGGUAAUUACCCGGCUGCCAACGUAAAUGGAUCUGUACCGUUGGACGAACUGACCAGUUUCGAUAAAUUUGUGAGCAACAUCGAGUGGCUCGGUACACCGAAUGGAUCCGUGAUCGUGUCCACCGAGGAUGGCUCCCGCUACGGGGCCGAUCACGUAAUCUUAACCGUGUCCUUGGGUGUGCUGAAAGCAAACCAUCGUACCAUGUUCACACCGGCUGUUCCCACGCUCCAUCAGAACGCCAUCGAAGGCAUCCAGUUCGGGACCAUUAAUAAAAUCUUGCUACACUUCGAUGCCCCUAUUCCGGCGCAGUUCGGUAAUGUGGUCCAUCUGCUUUGGUACCAGAAGGAUCUUGAAGCACUGCGAGCAUCGCAACACGCCUGGGCCGAAGCUGUGGCUACCAUUUCAUUGGUAGACGGUAAACCAAACGCACUCUGCGCUUGGCUGAAUGGUGUGGAAGGUCGAGCCGCCGAGCAACUGCCCGAUGCGACGAUUCAGGAAGGAUUACUUCAUCUUUUAAAGAUUUUCGCAUCUAGCAUGGAAUUCGGAAACGUUCAGGCCAUUUUAAGAUCAAACUGGUCGUCGAAUCGCCUGUUCCUCGGCUCAUACUCCAGCCGUUCGAUGGAAACAGAACGGCUGCAAACUGGGGCAAAAUAUCUGGCCACUCCUUUAUCUGACCCGGAAGGAAAACCGCUCGUCUUGUUUGCCGGCGAAGCCACUAAUCAGAAGCAUUUCGGAACCGUACAGGGAGCCAUCGAGAGUGGUCAGCGUGAAGCGAAGCGAUUGCUUGAGCUGUACCUGUAA